AUCUCACAGCGAGCAUUCAUCGGAGGUCUUGCCAAGGACGUGACGCCGGCGGAUGUGGAGGGGCGAUUCAAAUCGUUCGGACAGCUCAAGGAUGUACAUCUGGCCAAGGAUCUUGACGGGACAUGUCGCGGAUUCGGAUAUGUAACACUUGACACCACAAGAAAGGACUGGUCCAAAUGUGUAACCCUGUUCAACGGCGCGAAAUGGAAGGGCAACGUCUUGAAGAUCGAAGAGGCAAAUAAGGACUGGCAGACAAAG